AUGAGCUCGGAACAAGAACCUAGUAUCAAUCAGAAUAGCACCUUGUUUUUAAUUAGAAUACAGCCUCGAAGAGUGCCGAGAAGGUCUUGCCAUGAACGUGUGGCCAGUCAGGGCAGUCUUGGCGAGCAAAUUUCACCUGUGUCUAUCUCCAUUCAGAAGCGGCGAAAGGGCGGGGCGUGGCCGCGGGCGAAGAAAGCAGCACGAAUCGGCGAAGGCCGCACACUCGAGAACAUGGGGCGGCUUCCGGCGCCCGGAAUCGGCCCCACCACACCUGCAUCUCCAGAUCAUUAA